UACGAAUUGAGAUAGUAGUUUGGAUUUAAUUUCCUUAUUAUUUGUCUUACAACUUACAAGUGAGCAUUUUACCUAUUUUGUAUUAGAGUCAACGUGGAAGUCAAUCACUGUUAUUUCAUAAAAAUCCUUCGAAAUUUCAUAAACGUGAUCAAAUAUUUAGGUAUAUCGGAUCCUAAUUUAGUAACGAGCCAUUUUUAGGGAUCACAAUAGAAACGAAUACCAACUUGAUCCAAUGCGACCACCCAAUCUUCUAAACCUUCUUCGCCUGCUGCUUACAAUUCCGCAUCUCCCUCGUUGCUCACCAGACUCCACUCCGCCUCGUCAUCGGCGGCGUGCAAAGUAGUAGACAAAAAAGACGCUGUUGUCAGCGACGGAGACUUGGUAGCAAUGAUGAAGAGGUACUUGACAGGAGAACAAUUCAUGCUCGCCCGCAUCAUGAAGGAAUGGUUUAUUCGUGUCAGAUUGCAGAGUUUGAUCGCCUCGAGGAAGUACGGAUACGGCGGCGGCGACAAAAUCAAAACCGACGCCGAGUGCCUCAAGGAGCUGUUGGGUGAGUGCGAUGACUGCCCUGAAUCGGAUCUCAAGAUGGCCGUGCAAGAAAUCGACACAUGGGAGGAGAAAUACUACGGAGAGUGGUUCGAUGAGAUACAGCAAUUGAAGAACAAGUACUUUGAAACAAAGGGUGACGAGAAGCAGAAGAAACAGAACGAUGAUGUGCUCUUCUCGAUCAGGAAAAUGAUUCUGCGGAUGAGGUUGUCUGGGCAAUUCAGUGACGGGUUGGAACUGUGGUCGAAAGAGAGUUCGCUGGAGACAUUAAUAACGAUUGGAAAAUCAUAAGCAACAGAGACGCCUUCUUCAGAAGCUAUUCCGAGUUCUUCGUGAUAAUCUAUCGGAAUUAAACGGAAUUGAACAGAAUUGAGAUGACACGAACAACCAGAUUUACGUGGUAUCCCUGGAGUAUCCAGGACUAAUCCACGGAAGAGUGAAAACUCUUCAGCUACUGUUCUUAUUCUCCUGUGUUUCGUUUCAGAUACAGCAGCCCCUCUCACACUAUAUAUACAACCCGAGAAACCUCACAAAGGAGGCUGAAACCCAUCCCAUGAAACCCUAGACCACCAUACGUUGCAUGAGCUUCAUGGACCCGAAAACCAAAGUAAAAUGGGCCUAUCUACUAUACACAUGUUCAAUAAUUAAGUGGGCUGUUUUAUCCGCUAACACUUCGAAGACGACUUGUUCUCGAAGAUGGACGACAAGGUCAGGGAGGUGGUGGACUUGGAUAAUACCCAGUGGGAGCUUCCGCUGUCGAGAAUAUUUGGGGAGAGGCUAGAUCACACCAACUUGGGGUAUCUGGAAAGAUUGGAGAUGAUGAGAGCUAAGCCGGAGGAGGAGGAGGAGGAGGUUUCCAGUAAAUCGGAGGUAACCAAGUAGUGUUGAUGGAUAAUCCUAUUAAUCCAUCAUUUGUUUGGUUAAGUUGUUGGAUCUUCUGCAUUUUUGUGUCGGAAUCUUGUAGGGUUUUGUGUUUUAUGAGCAUUUUUGUGCUUUUGUUAUUGGAUUUUGUUUUUUUUUUUAGAGUGAAGGACGAAUUGAGGAAAGGAAAUUAGGGUUUGGUUCGGUGGCUACUCAAUUACAUCUCAAUUAUUUAUUGAAUUACUCGAUAUUUUGCAAUAUGAUCAAUAUAAAUUUUGUAUACGA